AUGGAGAGCGUUGCUGUCAUGAAGGGUGGUGAAACGAUUUAUGAUAAUGGUAAAGAGGAUGAGAGUGUGGGCAGUCACAUUGAUAUAGUUGAGGAAAUGGAGUCCAUUCUGGUUGAUGUCGAUGAGCAGAUGAUAGUAUCUAGGAUGGUGAGUGACUCUAUCAUUAAGGGCAUGGUUAAUGCUAUUGAGGAACAGGCAGCUGAGCGAAUCACUGAAAAAGAAUUGGAGGUGAUUCGGCUAAAGAAAAUGCUAGAUGGGCUUCAUGUGUGUUCAGACGAAACUAAGACAUUGUGGUCUUUAUUGCAUCAUCAUGAACCCCACGAAGCUGCUGCACAUCAGUUUCCAGAUAGUGUUGUAGAGGCUGAUAGAUGUAUAAUGUCUAUAGAUAGUCUUCAAAUUGCAGUACAUGAGGAGUUGAGUCAGCUCAGGAAAGAAAUAAAUAAAAUUAAGGGGACUAGUUCCAUCGGAAGAAUUAAUUCAGGUUCUGAUUUGGUGGGUUUAGGUGGUAUUCUGCAGGAGAAUAAGCCAGAAAAAUGGAUUUACGUAGAUAAAGCAAUUGAAAGUCUAAAAGAUACUGUAGACUGUGUCUGCAGAAGAAUGAAACUGAUGGAUUGGUUAUCAAAAGCUUCACUUUCUGAAUGGCAGCAGGAUCAGAACUUUCAAUCAGAAAUUGAACGGAUGGUGAUCAGCAAUGGAAUCUGGGGUUUGCAACCGGAGUUUGAACAGAAACUGUGCGACCUCUAUGACUCUGAAAGUAGAAAUUGUUUUGACCAAUAUAAAGAGAUCUCAAGUUUGCGUCAGGAAUUGGAUUCAAUUUUUAAAACACUCUCUGUUUCUGAAACCGGACACCUUCUUUCUCAUGGAUCCUUGGAGAAUACUGAGGAAUGGUGUCAUAAUAAAAGGGUUGAUCAUUUCCAUGUGAAGCUUUCAACAGAUCAUUUAUCACCCUCAACUAUGGAAGAAAAUGGCAAACAGGAGGAGUCAAAGAUUAACAAGCCUGAGAAUUUGGAUUCAUCCUCACUAAAGCACAUGUCUAAAGAAGAUUUGGUUACUCAUAUUACUAAAAUGAAAAGAAACCAUGAAUCUCAGGUGCAAGAGAAAACUGAAGAAAAUUUUCGCCUUAGGCGGGAACUUUUGAAUUUGAAAGAAAGAGGUUCUCCUUUUCCACUUAAGAAGGACAAGGAGUUUGAGCUGUUAAAGAAAAAAAUCCCUGUUGUCAUCACAAAAUUGAAUGAAAUCCUUGAUGGAAAUGAGAAAGUACAUCAAUUCAGUGAAAACAUUGAAUCUCUUAGCAGUUUAAAGGAUAGGUUGGAUUUCUUAGAAUCUGAGAAUAAUCAACUGAAGGACACUCUAUCAGAUAAGAAGAAGGAAUUUAGAAGUCUAUCUUCCCAGCUUUCUGCUGCUAAGGAAAAAUUGUCACAGGAACACUUGUUAGAAAAAAAAUUGUUACAAACCAUUCAGAAUCUUGAGGAUGAUAUUGGGGAUGCACAUUCUCAAGUUUCAGUUAUUCAAGAUGUAUAUAAAUGUUUCAUUGAAGAUAUUGUUAAUGAGUUUAGAUGCUGCACCGAAGAAUUACAUCUGAAGAAUAGUUUCAUGCAAGAAAUAUACGAAGUAAUAUUCCAAGAAGCUUCCCACAGUGCUCAAGCUGCUAGUGGGUUGGGAACCGAGGAAGCAGAAAUGGAGUCAAUUAUGGUGCAAGGGCUAUUGGAUAUCAAUCAUAUUUUAUUUAAAGAAUCUUUGGUGAAUGCAGAUGAAGCACUAAAAUUGGAAGUUGCUGAAAAGGAGAAACUAAAAUGUGAAAUGCUUACGUUGAAAUCAGUUGUAGAAGAAAAGGAGAAAUUAAUCGAAGGAGCAGCAGAUGCUUUAGCUCAAGAGAAACAAAAAAUGCAGCUUGCCUCUGAAGAGCUUAACAGUUUAAGGGCUGAGAUUGCUCAACAACAUAAAUUAAUUGAAGAGAACAGCGAAGAAUUGGAUGUCACUAAUAGUAAACUGGUUGCAGCUUUGAAGGAAAUUAAACAAUACCAGGAGCAAAUGCAUCAGCUGCAUCAAAAUCUUGAACAAGGAACAAAAAAACUUAGAGAAAUUGAUGAAGAAAGAAGUGUACAUUUUGCUCUAACACAAAAACAACAAGAAGCACUGAAACUAAUUGAGGCAAAAGAAAGGGAAAACAGGAAGCAAAUGGAAUCUACCAUUAACUUCAUUCAUAAAUUGCUGGCAACGAUUACUGAUUUUGAAGCUAGAGUAAACAAGGAUAUGUCAAGAAAUUGUUUGAGGCUGGAAAACAUAAGAUCUGAGUUCCGUUGGAUCAAUAACAAAGCCAAUGUACUUAAAACCAUGGGUUUUGUGUACAAGGAACGGCUAGAAGCAAGAUCUUCUGAUCUCGCAAAAGCUGAAGCAGAGGUUGAUCUUUUGGGGGAUGAGGUAGAUACUCUUCUUAGGCUUCUUGAAAAAAUAUACAUUGCACUUGAUCAUUAUUCACCCAUACUGCAGCAUUACCCUGGGAUUAUUGAGAUUCUGGAGCUUGUAAGAAGAGAACUGACUGGAGAUUCUAGAAAACUUGUUUAA